AUGCUGAGCCUGAUUUUAAUAUACACGUUGAUCGGCUGUGGCAUGUCACUCUUCUUGAUCCUUAGAUCUUAUUAUGUGGUUAUUUUAGGUCUUAGGACAUCAAAAUCUACGUUUUCGAAGUUAAUGAUCUCUCUUUUUCGAGCACCAGUGUCCUUUUAUGACUCAACACCUCUGGGUAGGAUAAUCAGUCGGGUAUCUUCUGAUCUGAGUAUUGUGGACCUUGAAUUGGCAUUCAAAUUCAGUAUUUCUCUAGGGACAACAAUGAACACGUAUUUUAGCUUUGGAAUAUUGGCUGUUAUUACAUGGCCAAUCUUAUUUGUCAUUGCACCAAUGAUUUAUGCAACCAUUAUCUUACAGAAAUUUUACUUUGCUUCUGCAAAAGAGUUGAUGCGAAUUGAUGGCACAACAAGGUCUUCAGUUGCAAGCCAUCUAGCUGAAUCCAUGGCGGGAGCAACGACCAUCAGAGCUUUUGGAGAGGAAAAUCGAUUCUCCACCGAGCAUUUGCACCUUAUCGAUGCAAAUGCUAGUUCAUUUUUCCACAAUGUUUCAGCAAAUGAGUGGUUGAUUCAGCAGCAUUUGCACCUUAUCGAUGCAAAUGCUAGUUCAUUUUUCCACAAUGUUUCAGCAAAUGAGUGGUUGAUUCAGCGUCUGGAAGUACUAUGUGCAAUCGUUCUCUCAUCCUCAGCCCUUGCCAUGACUCUGCUUCCUUUUCAAGCUUCUGACUCAGGAUUAAUUGGAAUGGCUCUGUCAUAUGGGCUUUCAUUGAAUGUGUUCGUCGUUAAUUCUGUCCAAAGCCAGUGCAUGCUAUCAAAUUUGAUUGUUUCUGUGGAAAGGUUAGAACAAUACAUGCAUAUUCCCAGUGAAGCUCCUGAAACCAUAGAAGGCCACAGGCCAUCGCUCAACUGGCCAACUAUUGGUAGGGUGGAGANACAAUACAUGCAUAUUCCGAGUGAAGCUCCUGAAACCAUAGAAGGCCACAGGCCAUCGCUCAACUGGCCAACUAUUGGUAGGGUGGAGAUCCAUGAUUUGAAGGUCAAAUAUCGACCUAAUGCUCCUCUAGUUCUUUGCGGAAUCAGCUGCAUUUUUGAAGGUGGGCACAAAAUUGGAAUUGUUGGCCGGACUGGCAGUGGGAAGACAACUCUGAUUAGUGCCUUGUUUCGUCUGGUAGAGCCUACAGAUGGAAAGAUCAUAAUCGAUGACAUAAAUAUAUCUACAAUCGGUCUCCAUGACCUUAGAUCACACUUUGGGAUCAUUCCACAAGAUCCAACCCUUUUUAGUGGAUCUAUAAGAUACAAUAUGGACCCCUUAUCCGAACAUACCGAUCAUGAAAUAUGGGAGGUUCUCGAAAAAUGUCAGCUACGAGAAGCUGUUCAAGGGAAAGAGGAGGGCUUGAACUCCUUAGUGGUACAAGAUGGAUCAAAUUGGAGCAUGGGACAGCGACAAUUAUUUUGCCUGGGUCGAGCAUUGUUGAAGAGGAGGAAGAUAUUAGUGCUGGAUGAAGCUACCGCAUCAAUUGACAAUGCAACAGAUUCAAUCAUCCAAAAAACUAUAAGGACAGAAUUUGCAGACUGCACUGUAAUCACAGUUGCUCACAGAAUACCAACCGUUAUAGACUACACUAUGGUUCUUGCUAUUAGCGAUGGAAGAUUAGUAGAGUAUGACAAGCCAAUGAAGCUACUGAAUAAGGAGGGCUCACUAUUUGGGCAACUUGUGAAGGAGUACUGGUCUCAUUCCAGAAAUGCCAGCGGGCUCUCAGAAGAUUGGUAG